GAGGUGGGGGCGCGCCUGCUCGCCCCUCCUACACUUUGAGGGUGAAAGGCACCGGUCAACAACGCAGUCCAUGUCUGAGGCGCGCAGGGAUCGGCUGCCCACUGGGGAGAGACGCACCUGAAUGCCGGAAAAAUGAGCGUGGAGAGAAUAUUCGACGAACUCGGACACUUUAAAAGAUUCCAGGCAUGUCUGUACUUUGCAGCGGUCUUCCAGGCCGUAUCCUGCGGAAUUCACUACCUGGCCUCUGUUUUCCUGGUUGAGACUCCAAAUUUUGUAUGCAGCGUGCCUGGCAACAUCACAGAUGUCCUGUACGGUAACUGGAAUGCAUCAAGUUUGGAAGGUAUUCUACCGGUCUUCAAGUCGGGGAGUGGCCCGCUGGUGGUCAGGACGGACCUGGGCCAGCAGUGGGAGCUCAGCAGGUGCCGCUGCGCCCUGCGCGUCAACCCCGAAGACUUCAGAUAUGAGUUUAACGGCAACAAAACGGUGAAAGCGUGCGGCGGGAACUUUGUUUAUGACCACACGGAAGUGUACCAAAGCAUCGUGACAGAAUGGGACCUGGUGUGUGACAGAGAGUGGUUGGCCAAGCUGUGCCAGCCCACAUUCAUGCUCGGGGUGCUGAUCGGAGCUCUGUUGUUCGGGGACAUAGCUGACAGAGUGGGUCGUGUGAAGAUUCUGAUGUUCACCAGCCUCUGUCAGUUUGGAUUUGGGGUUUCUGUGGCUUUCUCUGGAAACUAUUAUUUAUUUGUUGUCCUCCGCUUUAUCCUCGCCAUGGUAUCCAGUGGCUAUCUGGUGGUGGUGUUUGUGUAUGUGACGGAGUUCACUGGCAACAAGGUCCGCACGUGGACAUCCAUGCAUGUGCAUGCAGCCUUCGCCCUGGGCAUCAUGGUGGUGGCCCUGACUGGUUACUUAGUUCGGGUGUGGUGGAUCUACCAGAUCAUCCUGUCCAUUUGCACGUCGCCGUUCCUGAUCUUUUGCUGGAAGUUCCCCGAAACGCCGUUUUACCUGAUGGCCAAAGGCCGCUACCAGGAGACGCAGGCCCUGUUGGAUACAAUAUCCCGCUUCAAUGGCCUUGAGUGCCGGCUGAAGGCAGAGGAGCUCCUAGAGCCAGAAAAGAUAGAAAACGGUAAAGCUCUGCUCAAACAGGAGACAGAAGAGCGUACACCACAGCCUGAGAAGAAGCUAUCCAUCCUGGAUCUGUUUGGCAGCUGGAGGAUGGCGGGCCGCACAUGCACAGUGUGGGCCAUCUGGUUUAUUGGCAGCUUGGGCUAUUAUGUCUUCUCACUAGGCUCAGUUAACCUUGGAGGAAACCAGUACAUUAACCUCUUUCUUGCUGGUGCAGUGGAGUUCCCCUCUUAUCUGGUUGGCUGUUUUGCCAUGGACCGGAUUGGAAGAAAGAAGACAUGUGCCCCGGCGCUGCUCCUGGCUGGGGUUGCUUGUAUGCUCAUCAUUGUGGUACCUGCUGACAUCGAGGCCCUGGCUAUUGCGCUCAGCAUGACAGGAAAGUUUGCUAUUGCGAUUGCCUUUGGUCUCAUCUACUUGUACACAUGUGAGCUGUACCCAACAAUCAUCAGGUCUCUAGCAGUAGGAAGUGGCAGCAUGAUGUGUCGUGUUGGCAGUGUUGUGGCUCCUUUUUGUGUCUAUCUGGCCGACAUCUGGCAAUAUCUACCUCAGCUCAUCGUUGGAAUCCUGGCAUUUAUCAUUGGGGUGCUGACACUAUUGUUACCCGAGACCCUGGGUGAACCUCUAACCACCACGUUAGAGGAGGCUGAAUCUCUUGGACGUAAAUCAAGUAAGGAGAAGUCAGCUCUCCGCGAAAAAGAUGGUGAGGAUGGGAUGGAACUGCGCCAACGUGGGGCUAGUGCCUGAGUCCCACGCUGCAGAGGAACCUGCGAUGUUUGGUGGAUUAAAAGCAGAAUAGCAAGUUUUUGGUAGAUAUUUUUGAUUGGCGAAGAUCAACAGUUCAGUAUUUAAAGAUUUUGUUUUCUUCACGGUGCUUUUAUGAAUUCAGUGACGGUUACGGUAUAGGUUUAUGUUUGCAAGAGUCCUGUGGCCAAGAGCACAGAAUGAUGUCUGUAAAAGAAUCAUUUUAUUUUAGUUUCAUGUCAGUUGUAUUAUUGUAGUAAACUCUUAUUUACACAAAAUGAACUACACCAAAGACUACAGGGAUCACAUUUCCAACAGUACAGAUGACUGUAACUACAGAAAUGAGAUGUCUUUUAGUUUUAAGUUAAAAUUUGAAACUCAACUUUUAUUAUGGAUAUAUUCAAAAUGAAGCAGUCAUCAUUACUGAAAUGCUGCACCAUAUUUUUUCUAACUAAUCAGUAUUCAUGAACAGUGCAGAUCAUUGCUUUGUUUAAUUUUACAUCGCAGUACAUCUGACAUAUUUUGUAUGCUGGCGUAUAACAUUGCCCUCUGAACAUACUGUAUAAUGGAAGGGCCUUUUUAAAAAAUAUAUAAAUGAUUUUAAAACUUACUUCUUUUAAUCUCAGGGCGACCAUAUUACUGUGAAAAUAUUCAUUUUGAAUUAUUCUUUUAAUAGGUUUUACUUCAUUGGUUCCAUGAUGUUAAAUAUGUCAUUAGUGAAUUUUACAUCGGAGUCACACACAAGUGACUCCAUGUGCAUGUUUGCUGUGUGUUAUACCGGUUAUGUAAGUCUGCAUCCUCCAUCCAUCCUGUUUUUGUACACUUAAUCCAAAUCAGGGUCAUGGGGAAGUUUGCAUCCUUUUUUUCAACAACUUAUCAUGUGUUUGCAAACUCAAUAACAUGCUGAAGACUAAGUACAUCAAGUUGUACUGCAUUACUGUGUUCGAGAGUCAAGAUGACAUCUCCAGAUGUUUGGACCAAAUACAAGAAUGAACCACGACAGUGAAACAAUGUAUAUAACUAUUUUGCAAUAGAGAGUAUUUGUUGCAAAGUAAAUUAUGAAGAGUAACUGGAAUAAUAGCCUAUGGUUUUUAAUUACCUUGUAAUGAAAGCACUCAGGUCCAGCUGCAUGGAUUUUUCUCAGUGAUUAUUUUCUUUGUUAGAAUUCUCCUAUUUGUCAUCAUAGAACAAUAAAAAAUAACAGACAAUGAGGAUGUUAGCUCCUUAUUGCCACAAAACACUUAAUUCUGCUUGUUUUGUAUGUAUUUGUUUAAAGCCAUAGUUUUAAAGUGAUACUGAGAAGACUCAAGGAAUCUUCAAGCAAACCAUGUUUGAUAAAUAAACUUUUUUCAACUCUCUUUCCCUCUCUCUGUCAAAAUGGGGGGAAUGUGUGGCUGAAUCUGUGACUGCAUUCAUUUUCUCUGCAGUCUUGGACAAACUCAACACUUGCAGUGUCCUUUUUGUGGAGGAGGUCACACUACAACAACACAAACUAACUCUGCACCACCCUUCACAUAAAACUCCUCUGUGUUCAGCUUGUGAGUGGAAAAUUGCAGCUGUAUGACCUGUGUUUGUGUGUGUGUGUGUGU